GCCAGGUAAAAGGACCAGAUCCCCUGGCAGGCGAUGAACCGGCCAAGCUGUUCGACGCCACUGUUCCACUGGACGAAAAACGCCGCAUUGUGUUUGACUACUACCGACGCCUGGUGGACGAAUAUGACAAGCUUCGGCACCCUACCGGCGAGAAAGAUGCACCAGCUAGGACUUGCCGGAGAUUUGGCUGCAUUGCAUCCAGAGCUACCGGACGGCCUCUAUUGGAUUGACCCGAAUGAAGGGAACGCCAGGGAUGCAGUUCAGGUGCAGUGUCGCAUGGACAUGGGUGCGUCCUGCUUACUGCCAUCGCCUAACCAGGUUCCCAAGAAGGCCUAUUACUUGGGGCGCAGCAAGUAUGCUUGGUUCAGCAAAUGGAAGACGGAUAUCAGAUGAGCUACAAGAUUGACCGCAUUCAGCUGACGUUCCUGCAAAUGCUGAGUUCAGGGGCUGUACAAAACAUCACAUAUCACUGCCGUAAUUCCGUGGCCUUCCUGGAUGCAAGCAAGCAGUCGCACCGCCGUUCUCUCCGUCUCAUGGCACACAACGACCUCGAACUACGUGCCCCGGAGGGGGACAUCAACCCGGCCUUCACCUUCACAGCGCUCUUCGAUGGUUGCAAAGAUCGUUCAGACAAGUGGAGCUACACCAUCCUGCAGUAUAAAUCCGACAAGGCACAACGGCUCCCAAUCGUGGACAUUGCCCCGAAAGACAUAGGCCUCAAGAACCAGGAGUUUGGAGUAGAAGUUGGACCUGCCUGCUUCUACUAGAGAUACAAGAUCACUGACAAUUUUCCCGACGCUGCGCGCAGUUGAAAAUGGACUUAUAAAGCAUUUUAAUGUUUUAUACAUGUAGAUCGCUGCAUUGUGCCUCAGUAACAUGUGAAUAAAUUAUUUUCGUUUACCAGUGUUGAGAAAGCUGGUUGUCACUCUGACCGGCUUGUAUACCAGGAAUAAAUUAAUUCUCACUAAAGU